GACAGGCGGAUGGAGCUUCAUCUGAGCGAAUCACAAAGUGCUGGAAUCCACUGCCUUUGUCUGAUACAUGCAUCCACAGUGGCGAAAGAGGGUCUGCGUAAAGGAGGGGGCUGAGGCUUUUACAAACCAACACGAGCGACCCAAGUCCUUCAGUCCCGGGCCGUGCGCGCGUGCAAACUCGUCGUGUUGUUAUUGAGGGAAAGCUGUGCACAGGAAACCCGCAGUCUCCGAUGGUUCUGCUGUCUGUCAUCCAUGCGCAGAUGCACCUGCUAACCGAGAGCACCGGGAUAUAAGAGAUACUAACACGCGGAUGGAUGUGACGAAACAACAUGAGUUCUGGGGAAAGCAUGCGUGCUGAAAACAUUUAAGCAUUUAUUGCAUUGAGAGCAAUUUGUUCUGACCUAGAACGCACGGUCAUGUCUGACACCUGACAAAUCCUGCGUCCAUUUGCAACUUUCCGAAGUUCCCCUCUCCUCGGCUGGAUUCAAUUUGCAUCGUUUCUUUCAGUUGUUCUGCGCGUAAGAAAGACGAGACGGCGACUUCAGUUGAUUACCUGUCUUUCCUCAGUUAUCCGAUGGAUAUUCACUGUAAGGCAGACCCCUUCUCCGCCAUGCACCGGCACGGGGGAGUGAACCAGCUGGGCGGGGUGUUCGUGAACGGAAGGCCUUUACCUGACGUCGUGCGCCAGAGGAUCGUGGAGCUCGCGCAUCAAGGGGUCCGACCCUGUGACAUCUCCAGACAGCUGAGGGUCAGCCACGGCUGCGUCAGCAAGAUCCUGGGCAGAUAUUAUGAGACAGGGAGCAUAAAGCCUGGAGUCAUCGGAGGAUCCAAACCUAAAGUGGCCACGCCGAAGGUGGUGGAUAAAAUAGCGGACUAUAAACGGCAGAAUCCCACCAUGUUCGCCUGGGAGAUCCGGGACCGGCUGCUGGCGGAGGGCAUCUGUGAUAACGACAGCGUCCCCAGCGUCUCCUCCAUAAACAGGAUCAUACGGACGAAGGUUCAGCAACCGUUUCACCCCUCUCCAGAUGGGACGUCUCUUUCCACCCCAGGACACACUAUAGUCCCCAGUACAGCAUCUCCUCCAGUCUCCAGCUCCUCCAAUGACCCUGUGGGCUCCUACUCGAUCAACGGCAUUCUGGGAAUCCCUCGCUCCAAUGGAGAAAAGAGGAAACGGGAAGCUGACGGAUCUGAGGGUUCAGCGCAGAGCAAUGAUUCUCAGGGCAGCGUGGAGAGCCUGAGGAAACACCUGCGAGCCGAUGCCUUCACCCAGCAGCAGUUAGAGGCUCUGGACCGAGUGUUCGAGAGACCGGCAUUCCCAGACGUCUUUCCCACUCCUGAACACAUCAAACCAGAGCAGGCGAGUGAAUACAGCCUCCCUGCACUAAACGCAGGUCUGGAUGAAGUCAAACGCAGUUUAUCCUCCGGCACGACCUCUGACCUGAGCGCCAGCGUGUCACAGAGCUACCCUGUAGGUCGGGACAUGGCCAACACGACCUUACCUGGAUAUCCCCCUCACGUCCCACCCACCGGACAGGGCAGCUACCCUACGUCCACACUCGCUGGAAUGGUUCCUGGAAGCGAAUUUUCAGGGAAUCCCUACAGCCAUCCACAGUACACCACCUACAACGAAGCCUGGAGAUUCAGCAACCCUGCAAUACUGAGUUCCCCCUAUUAUUAUAGUGCAUCCCGAGGCUCCGCCCCCCCAACUGCUGCCACUGCCUAUGACCGCCACUAGUUACCACGGAAACCAAAUUAGACAGCACACUCAUGGACUCGGACUUCAUUUUCUGCGAGUGUGAGCAGUGCAGCUGAUUGGACAGAGCGGUUUCCUGCAGUCACAUGACGAAGAACAGACCAAUCAGGAACAAAAACAUCUCGACGACAAUUCAAGCAGCCGGGAAAAACGAUAAACGAACAAUAAAUGUAUAUCUGAAAGACUGAGGGUAAAUAUGAUUUUUAAAACAGGAUUAACAUCUGCUUUUUUAAUACUUUUAUAUUUUGUCCGCUCAUUAAUAUUAUUCAUAGGUAUUCAUACUUAAAGAGGUUCUUGCUUAAAUAUAUAUGUAUUUGUUUGUUUGGAUAGUCACGGAAAUGAACGGUUGGACAUUUUCUAAAAUGAAAAUUGUUCAUAUAUGUAAAGCAUUUUUGAUGCUGUCAAUGUGCUGAUUUUGUAAUUUUCAGUGUCUAUCCAAAUUCACAGAAAUGUCUAUGUUUAUGUUUAUUAAUGAAUACCUAAAAUUCGAACAAGUUCACCCUGGAUGUACACAUCUGACGAGGAAGAAACCCUUUCCAGCGCAUGGUUCUCCUGAUUCUCCUAAUAGGUUUCUCUCUCGGUGGGUCUCUGGACUGUGCAAAAACAAACAGUGAAUCUCCACUCAUCGUCGCACAGUAAACUUUCACUCAAUGCAGUAUGUACUCGGCAUGGAAAUAUAAAUCAAACAGGCCUUCUUCUCCCUCUCAACGCCAGCAGAAGAUCUCUCACACACUUCUGUGAGAAACAAUCAGAUACCAAGAAGAAACCUGGAGACCAAUAUUUCAUCAAACUGUAAAAACCUGGUUAUACGCAGAUACAAUUUUGUAAGGUUUUUGUUUGUUUUGUAUAAUGACAGAAGUAUCACUAAGGACUCUACAGUAUGCAUGGAUUGUUUUCCUUCAUUAUGCAUUAUUUUUGUGUUUAUCAUAUCAAAUUCUCAGGGGGGAAUUCACUAAGAAUUAACCUGUAAGCGCCUGAUUUGUGCAAAACACAGCAAACAUUAUUUCAGCCAGUUUGCAUAAACUUUUCGGAACUUUUUAUGCAAAAAAUAAAAUAAAAUAAAAAAAGUUAUAAGCCAUUGUGCAGACAAAAAUAAUACAUGACUAACUUUUAAGACUAGUCUGGUUUAGAGUUGAUGAGCAAAUAGCACACAGGUGUCUGUGCUGAAAUACAGAUGCAGUAGUGUUUUAGUGAAUUCUCCCCUCAGUCUUAUCGUUUGCACUAUGUUUAUGUGCUCUAUAUGAGAUGUCUUGAGUGAAUAAGCAGUGAACAAACUUCCCCUUCGCUCAGAUUGGAUGCUCAGUGUUUUGCAACAAACAUGUACUACUGAUCAGAUGAAGCACUUAAACCUCCAAAUGUGUUUACAGAAAAGUUAGCAGCUGUUCAGUUAAUCAACAGAUGGGUCGGUCACUGGUUAUCGGCUUUAUGAUUUACUUUUCAGAUCUCUGCUUUGGGAUUGUCAAGCUGUUUCCAUGUAACACACACACACACUGACACACACACACCUUUUGUUCAAUGCUUUAAAACAAGUGCAAUUCUGCAAAACAUUUUUGUUUGAGAUCCAGUUCGAGGUCAUGUUCUGACAAACAACUUUAGUUUUCAUCUAAUAUGUUACAGUUGAGAGAAUGUACUUUUGCCAAAGACUUUUUGUUGAUGUAUAUCUUUCUUUCUCUGCCGUUGCAUUGUACAAACAGUAUUAUAGUGACAACCGUUUCAAUAUAUGUACAAAUCCUAUGCAGAGCAAUGAAAAGCUGUUGUAUGCAUAAACUAUAAAACGACUGACAUGUUUGUUUUGUUCAUUAUUUAUGCUAUUUUGUGAAAUAAUCAUUUUUAAAAUAAUUUUGUGUGAAAUGUAAUUUCUGGACUGUAAAUACAUUCUGAUCAAAUCUG